AUGAGGAACAAAUUAGAUAAACAAUUUGGGAUAUUUCUUGAUAUGUUGAAGGAGGUCCAUCUUUUUAUCCCUCUUACCGAAGCUAUGACCCAAAUGCCUAGAUAUUCCAAAUUCCUUAAGGAUAUUUUGAGUGGUAAGAGAGAGUGCAAUGAGGUAGAUUCGGUAGAGCUUGGUGCUAGUGUUAGCAUUAUGACUUACUCGGUGUUCAAGAAGCUUAAUCUAGGAGAACUUCUUCCUACGAACAUAAACUUGCAAUUGGCCGAUAGAUCUAUUAAGUUUCCAAAAGGAAGGGUUGAAGAUGUUCCCCUUAGGAUUGGUGGUUUCACAAUUCCCGUAGAUUUUAUUGUGCUAGAAAUUGAGGAGGAUGGCCACAUUCCUUUAUUCUAG